UCGAGCGCGAGGAGAAAACAGCCUCUGGACUGCUCAGCAUCACACGGACACUAAAAUGUAUCAUCUUCCAUCUGCUAACCAAAACAGCAGAGAUUUCCAGCGGGAUAUAAAUGGCUACAUGAUGUUUUGGGGGAAAUUUGACGUCUGAUUUUUAAAUAUUAUAUUUCAUCAAGUGUCGUGCUGACUGAAAUCUGCGCGAGUGUUAGGAAAAUCUUUCACAGGAGCUGAAAAUGGCAACCAAAUACCUGAUGCUUAUUGCCCUGGGGACUGCAUUGAUUGGCAAUGCGCACUGUUGCCCCAAGCAGUGUGCCUGCUCUGAUAAAUACAACCACCAGUUCGUAGACUGUGCCUACAAAGACCUUGUGGAAGUACCUGUGGGUUUGCCGUCCAAUGCGAGCACCCUGAGUCUUUCAGCGAACAAGAUUAAAGUGCUGAAAUCCAAAACCUUUUUAAACGUGACCCAGGUGACCUCUCUUUGGCUGGCUCACAAUGAAAUCAUCACAGUUGAGAGGGACACAUUGGCUCCGUUGAUUCAGCUGAAAAAUUUGGAUAUUAGCAACAACAAAAUUGUGCAUUUUCCAUGGGAGGACUUGGCCAAUCUUGGGGCUCUGCAGUUGUUAAAGAUGAACAACAAUGAGAUGGUCAGCAUCCCCAAGAAUGCUUUUUCAAACUUGAAAGACCUGCGUUCAAUCCGUAUUAACAAUAACAAGUUUACCACUAUUGUGCAAGGAACAUUUGAUUCUUUGGCUGCCCUGUCCCAUCUGCAAAUCUUCAACAACCCCUUCAUCUGCUCCUGCAACCUUGAGUGGCUAAGAGACUGGAUCCUCAAAUCCUCAAUCUCCAUUCCUGAUCAAAACAACAUCGCUUGCGAUGCCCCAUCCCACCUCAAAGGUUCUCAGGUCACUAGCAUGCCCAAAUUGGAUUGCAAGGCCCCAUCUGUAUCCAUUACAUAUCAGCCAAACAUAGAAAAGACUGAACUCUAUGAGGGAUAUAUGGUUAUGCUAUACUGCGAAACAAAAGGAACACCCAAACCUGAGGUCACAUGGGAGAUAUUUGCUGGAAACCAACUAAUUACAUUCCCAUUGCCUGCUAUUGUUGAAAAAACUGACAUCCCGAUUAAUGGCCCACCGACAAACACCAGGUUCCUUGUGUUUCAAAAUGGCACCUUGAUCGUUCCACGCAUGAGCAAGAAAGAAGAGGGAAACUAUACCUGUUCUGCUGUUAAUGACAUGGGAAAAGCUGAGAGCUCAGUUAGACUUGUUGUCGCAGGCACUAAAAAGCACGCCACCAAUUCUAUGCUGGACACAAAAUCACCAGGGCUUUUACCAGAAGACAAACUCGGUUCGAAAGGCUCCAAAAACAGUGUGAUUAGCAUGAGGCCCAAAUUUGAAGAGAAGACUAAAAGUCUUCCCACCGGGACAUCUGUAAUUACGGUGGAUAAAGAGCAAGUAGAUGAAGGGACUGAUAAUUUGCCAUUUGCUGGAAAAUGCGGAAUAAAUGACGGCACACAGUACAUUUCUAACCAUGCUUUCAACCUCAGCUUGGAUGAACUUAAACAGUAUACAUUUGAUUUCGGGGUUAUCGCUCUGGAAGUUUCAGAGACUGAGGCUAAAGUUCAGCUGAACCCUAUGCAGAUGGCCAAUGCAAAGUCAAACAUUCACCUCAGUCAACAACAACAAGACCUCCAAACUGUGAAUAAGGAGCCUUUUAGUCUUUUCCAAACGUCCUCCAAAAAGUCACCACUAGACUUGUUGUACCUUUGUGUCAGUACUGGCAAUGGACAUUCAGUGGUGCAGUGGUCCAAGAUAGAGGAGGGCAUCAACGCCUAUCGCUUCCAGCACCUCAAGCCAGGCACCAAUUACACCCUCUGUCUCACCUACGGAGGCCAAGACUGCCAAGUCCAAGUAGUCUUCACAACCCGAAAGAAAAUCCCAUCUUUGCUAAUUAUUGUGGUCGUUAGCAUCUUUCUGCUAGCGUUGGCAACCGUACCCCUACUGGGUGCCACCUGCUGUCAUUUGCUCUACAAGUAUCAAGGCAAGACCUACAAGCUGAUUAUGAAAACGCAAAACCCAGAUCAGAUGGAAAAGAACAUAGCCACAGAUUUUGACCCCAGGGCGUCAUUUGUGGGAUCCGAGAAGAAUUUUAACCCCAGUGAGCUGGGAGAGGGAGAAGGCGAAGCUGAUGGUGAGGAGGGAGACGGAGAAGGAGAGGACAUCGAGGGCAGUGUGGUGACCGAGUCCAUUCCCGAGUCACAGUCCAAAACACAGGAGGAGUUUGAAGUCGGCUCCGAGUACAGCGACCGGUUACCGCUUGGAGCUGAAGCAGUAAACAUAUCAGCGGAGAUCAACGGUAAUUACAAACAACCUCGCUGAGAUGUUUACCUACUCUGAAACACGUAAAAAUGAUUCGUCAUCUUACAAAAUACACACUCUUAAAAAUAAAGGUAACAAAAAAAGUUUUCUUUUUUCACAGUGAUAAUGCCAUAGAAGAAACUUUUUUUGGUUUCCUCAAAUAACCUUUUUUUAUAGUCUGAAGAACAUUUACAUAAUCCGACCAACAUUUUAAACCUUUCAAUGUUUGAUAGAUGUUAAAGUUCUCAAUGGAACCAUCGAUGCCGACAAACAACCUUUAUUUUUAAGAGUGCAGACCCGCGCUGACAAACGCGCGCUCGUUUUUACCUCAGCAAGUUAGCAAAGUGCAAAAUGAUGAGUGUUCAGUACAAAUAGAUUUAUCAAGUGGACUGGACAUAAAAUGGGUGAAUCUAUCUUCAUAAAACCUCACAAAACAAUUCACCUUAAGUCUCGUCACUUUGGCACAAUCCAUACACGUAGCAUCCAUUUUAAGUCAUCGAGGUGCUGAAAGUACUGUAUAGUGGACAUCGAGCGCUUCUGAGGGGAAAAAAUACCUGUACUCUUUUCACAGCAUGUGAUGUAAAUGUCUGGAAAACGAACCAGGUCACCUUGAAAACAUACGUUUGUUAAGUGUAUCAUGUGGGUUUCUCCCCCAAAAUAUGUGAUUUUUAAUCUCCGCGAACGGGUGCUUUGACGAUAUCUCUAGCCUUUACGGAUUACAAUGUGUCCUCUCUUCUUUCUGAGAUAGCCUACUUGUUCGUGGCAUGUCACACAAAAGUAUUUUCAAGUGUGUUUUAUUAGGGUACUAUAGAUUGUAGAUAUUCAGUGUCGAUUUGUGAUGUAAGCCAAGUCAUCUGAGAAGAUGUUCUCUCUCUUUUUUUAUGAAUAUAAAUGGUCCGUUUUUACCAUCGAGUGUCCAGUAAAUUGACGCAUAUAGUGGCUUGUUUCGUGUCCAGCUGUCCAAUGAUGUUGUAAAAAAUGCUCAGACCUUUUAAAGAUUUUUGAUAUGAUUUUAUGUACGUGACCUUAAUAAAACAUUG